AUGGAACCAAAAUUGCGAAAAGAGCGCAUUGAGCUGAUAUUGAAUGAUCAGGACCUGGACAACGAUGUUUUUCUGAAGAAUUACAAUGUCAAAGUUGAACCGGACAUGAUUCAUCUAAAUGGAAGAGUGCUGGACGCACCCAAAUUGGAAUUGGAUCCGUAUCGUAAUUUGACAGAAGCGUGCCUGCUAUUUGGUAUGACAUUCUUAACAAGGGAUCCAUUGUUGGCCGAAUGGAAUAGUCAUCGGGAAGACCGCGGGCAGCUGAGAGCAAUUGUGCGACAGAUAGCGAAAGAUUGCCAAAGUCGUUUUGGCAACACAGCAAAUUUGCAUAUUUUGUUCCUCAUGCAGAAGAAACACGCAGCAACAUACGGAACGAUCAAAACAGCUUGCGAUGUUGAAGAGGGAGUAGCCUGUCAGGUGGUUUUGACCAAAACAUUACUGAAUAUGCGAGCCGGUCGUCCGGAGACAAAUUCCACGGCCCAUAAUAUUAUUAUGAAAAUGAACACGAAGCUGGGCGGUGUUAACAACAAAGUACACCAGAGUUACAAUAUUUGGCCGAAAUUUUCGAAUCCGGACGAUCCGACACUAUUCGUUGGUGUUGACGUAACACAUCCACGACCAGGCAAACGUGCCAAUUCGAUUGCUACAGUUGUUGGCUCCGUUAAUUUAGAUGCCACACGCUAUGAAACAUCAAUAAAAGUUCAACAUCCACAAGCGGAGCGUAUCGUUUACUUAGUGGAUGCUUUGAAAGAACGUUUGUUGGCAUUUUACAAAGCAGUUGGUACAUCGCCAAAACAUAUCGUCAUUUAUCGUGACGGGAUUUCGGAAACCGAAUUUCUGAACACACUCAAAGAGGAACUGGCAUCAGUGAAAGCUGCGUGUAGAAAGCUCGAUUCGGAGUAUUCUCCCACAGUAUCGUAUAUUGUUGUACAGAAGCGUCAUCAUACGCGAUUCUUUGCUGAACCAUCAGUUGCGUCUCGUUUUGGAAACUUAAGAGAGUGCAAGGGUAACAUUCCACCAGGGACGACGGUUGAUAUGCGUGUGACCAGUUCGCACCUCUUCGAUUUCUUCCUUUGCUCACAUCUGGGCGCAAUUGGGACAUCACGCCCAAGUCAUUACUACGUCCUCUAUGAUUCCUGGAAUCUAACACCAGAUGAAUGGCAGCACCUGACUUUUGCCCUUUGCCAUGUCUAUGCUCGAUGCAAUCGAUCUGUUUCAAUCCCGGCGCCAGUGUAUUAUGCCCAUCUUGCAUGUGCCCGCGCCAGUAUACAUGAUGACGCAUUGUUCGGCAUUCGAGGAUCAACAGAAUCAAGAGACGCUGCUGGUGGUGCUCCAGCACGUUCGGAGCAGGAAACAACCCGAACACAUCAAAUGGCACUGUGUGUAAAUGAAGCAUCGCCACGAAUGUAUUUCGUUUAA